AACGGCGGUGUCGCAUGGUUUCAAAAGCAAAACUAUGACAAAGUGGGUCCAGACGUCAAGGCUGCGUACGAAUUUCUCAAAACGAAAAUUGAUGGAAAACCUGUUGGUGGGCUGGGAUUUUGCUAUGGAUGUUGGCUGCUAUCCAAGGCAUCGUCAACCGGAGAUAUCGAUCUGGUAGCUGGUGUUGGUUGUCAUCCAGCUACGGUUUUGGAAGAGGCAGUUUUUGGUGGUUCGGAGGUUGGUAUGCUAAAGGCUUUGAAGCAACCAACACGAUUCCUGUGGGCCGGCAACGACUCCGAGACUUAUCUUGCCGACGGUGACGGCAGAAAGGCCGUAGAAGCUACAGGUGGGGACGUUAUCGAGUUCCCAGACAUGCUUCACGGUUGGGUUUCACGUGGAGACGUAUCCGAAGCGAAGGUGAAGCGCGAUGUGGAGAAAGCAAUGGAGCUUAUCCUGAUUUUUUUGGACGAAAAGAUGAAUAGUGCUAAAUAG